UGCCAGCUACAAAAGAUGCACCCCAGCCAGGGGCGGACUGACAACUCAUGGGGCCCCCGGGCAAAAGGGGAUCAUGGGGCCCCUGUGUUCUUGCCCACACUCAAACCACACCCAAAAAAGCCUAUGAAAGGUACCAGGGACAUCUCAUGGGGCCCCCUGCUGACCCCGGGCCCUCGGGCAGUGCCCGAGUUUCCAAAUGGUCAGUCCGCCCCUGGCAGGAGGGCAUAUAUCAUAAAAUGCAGGUGUAGUUCUGCGCAUGGAUAUACAGCUUCUGCGCACAGCCAGCCCCAUAGAAGAUGCAAACCAAAUCCAAGUUGCAGUACAUAAUCUCACUGAAAGUCAGAUCA